UGAGUUCUCCCUUGUCAGACAGUAUAAACUCAAGUUUUAGUAAGUGGGUUACUUUAAUCUCACUUCUUCCUUAUACAUUAGGUAGAUCCACAACCACAACCACCCUCUCUCUCUCUUCACUUCAGCUGAACCCUGAAUUCACAGAUUGGAAGGAAGAAAGGAAGGUCAGUAAACAUCCUAAAAACUUGUACAAAUAUCCAAACCAACAAGUCUUUUAAUUAAGGUCUUCUUCUACAGCUGCUAAAGCUUUUCAUUAUAGUUUGUUUUCUGGGUUUAGAUUUGAGACACCAUUAGAUUUCCUAUCAAAAGUUAGGGGUUGUGAAAACCCUAAUAAAGAUUUCCACAUGAAAGAAACCAGUACUGAAACAAGUCCAAUAGGUCAAAACAUUAUAAAGCUGAUUAGUAAUGUUUGUUUCUCAGUUUUUGUAUUUUCAGUUCUUAUCUUUACAGUAAUUGCUGUCACUUACCAACCUCCUGAUCCAUGGUUUCAAUCCUCUCAAGCUCUUACUAAGACUUUCACUCAAGUUGAAAAUGCUACUUUCAAAACUGAUAAUUCUGUUGUUAAAACUGGUGAAGAUUUGAGUAUGUCACCUGCUUUAUCACCCACUGCUUCACUCAUCACAGAAGCUACAAUUGAGAUAUCUGAAGAGAAAAUGGUGAAUUCCACUUCUUUGCCAGUGUGUGAAGAAGAUUCAAGUUCUAUUAAUUGCUCAGAUCCAAGGGUUCUGUUUGCAAUCGAGAAGUUCAAUCUUAAGACUUUUAAGUCUAUAAUGUUCUUAGAUUACCAAAAACCUGUAGAUGGAUCUAAACCUAAUGAGUGUGAUGUAGCAUGGAGAUUUAGGAACAAAAAGGAGAAAUCAUGGCGGAGAUACCGUGAUUUUAGGAGAUUUAGACUUGGUAUAGGACACAAUUGCACCUAUAAGGUGACUAAUGCAUUUCGUUGGCAUUCAGGUUUGAAUGCCAGGAGUCCUAGAAGUAGGUUUAAUUCAACUAGGAGCUCUGGUUCUGCUAGGAUUUCUCCUCCUACUACUCGUGACGAAGAGAUCAAUGACACUAUCCCAAUCGUAGGAUCUGAAACUGCUUUCAAGAAGGGCAAAUAUUUGUAUUACUCGCGGGGAGGAGAUUACUGCAAAGGAAUGAACCAAUUCCUUUGGAGUUUCUUGUGUGGUCUUGGGGAGGCUCAGUAUUUGAAUCGCACAUUCGUGAUGGAUUUAAGUAUUUGUUUGUCCGGGUCAUAUAGUCAGAGUCACAAAGAUGAGGAGGGAAAGGAUUUUCGCUACUAUUUUGAUUUUGAGCAUUUAAAGGAAACGGCUUCAAUUGUUGAGGAGGGAGAAUUCAUGAAGGAUUGGAAGAAAUGGGAUAAAACACGGAAGAGUAAAAUUCCUGUUCGGAAGGUUUCAACCUACAAAGUCACACCAAUGCAACUCAAAAAAGAUAAGAGCACAAUUAUAUGGAGGCAGUUUGAUUCACCUGAACCAGAAAAUUACUGGUACAGAGUUUGUGAAGGGAAAGCUGCGAAUUACGUUCAGCGGCCAUGGCAUUCUUUGUGGAAAUCUAAGAGGUUGAUGAAUAUAGUUACAGAAAUUGGUGGGCGAAUGGACUGGGAUUUUGAUGCAGUUCAUGUUGUCCGAGGAGAGAAAGCACAUAAUAAAGAACUUUGGCCUCAUUUGGAUAGUGAUACUUCUCCAGAUGCUAUCCUUGCAAAGGUGAAAGAGAUUGUUCAUCCAUGGAGAAAUCUUUAUGUUGCAACAAAUGAGCCGUUUUAUAAUUAUUUUGAUAGAUUGAGGUCUAGUUACAAAGUUCAUUUGCUUGAUGAUUACAAGGAACUGUGGGGAAAUACGAGUGAGUGGUACAAUGAGACAAUGUUGCUAAAUGAUGGGAAAGCAGUUGAUUUUGAUGGGUAUAUGAGAGUUGCAGUGGAUACUGAGGUUUUGUACAGGGCAAAAACUCAGGUCGAGACAUUCUAUAAUUUGACAAUGGAUUGCAAGGAUGGAAUCAAUACAUGUUGAUUAUAUAAAAGCAUAACAAAGGCGUGGAAAUCGAUUAUAAUUUGUGAGUUUCUUAUCUUCUCUUCACCAAUUGUAUGUUCUUUGAUUCAUUUUGGAGUGAAAUGCUAGCUCACCUUCAAGCUAUAUGUGGUUGUAACUUCUGUUCAUUCGUCGUUGUAUCAAUAGUUUAUAUUUUUUUUAAUCUACUUUUCUUUUUUUCCAUUUGAUUUGUUCAUCUCGGUCAAUAAUUUGAUUGAUUUACAU